AUGAAACAUAUCAAAAAAGUUGAUUUUAUCAAAUACUCUAGCAAAAAUAAGAAAUUUUAAGACACUUACGAAUUUAGCAAGACUGAUGUAAGCUAAUCUCAUUAAUAUAGAAACUUGGCUAAGGCUCUUAUGGAAUGGUUUAUCGAGCAAUUCAUCGAACUACUGGAAUUGCAAGAGCAGUGAAGAUCAUCCAUAAAGCAAGUGUAAAAUAGAAAGAAAGACUUACAAAUGAAUUGAGAACAGUUGAAUUAUUAGUAAUUAUUGAAAUUGAGAUUUUUUAAGGAUCACCCACAUGUGAUUAGAGUCUUCGAAACCUAUGAGGAUAAUGACUAUAUUUAUGUAGUGAUGGAGUAUAAAAUAACAAUUAAAUUUAGAAUAUGUAAGGGCGGAGAUAUUUUCGACAAGGUCUUGGAAUUAGGAAACUUCGACGAACAAGGAGCAUUAAUAAUAUUCAUAUAAAUUAUUAGAUCAGUAGUCUACUAUUAAGCAUUAAAUAUUGUGCAUAGAGAUUUAAAACCAGAAAACUUUCUAUUUCAGAAGAAUAAUGAUCUUAAUACUCUUUAUAUUAUUGAUUUUGGUUUGGCGAGAAUAUUCUAACCAGGACUCUUGCAACAAUGGACUAAAGCAGGAACUGUAUAUAUAAUUUAGACAUAUUUCUAGGCUUAUUACGUGGCUCCAGAAGUUUUAGAGGGUACAUAUGAUAAUAAGUGCGAUUUGUGGUCAAUUGGUGUUAUUUUAUAUGUCUUAUUAUGUGGGUACCCUCCUUUUUAUGGUGAGACAGAGUAGGAGAUACUAUAUUCUAUUUAAAAAGGCAAAUAUGAUUUUGAUGGUCCAGAGUGGAAGAACGUGUCACUUCAAGUUAAGGAAUUGAUAAGUUAAUUGCUAAAGCCUUAUUAAUAACGAUUGGGAUUGGAAUAAAUUCUAAAGCAUGACUGGCUUUCGAAAUAUGUGCAACAAGGUGAAGUUAUACUAACAAAAGCGAACAUUGAGAGAUGGUAAAGUUACCAUUAAAUUAAAUAAAUUGCAUUGUUGUAUUUAGCAACAUAAUUGGAUCAGACUGAGAUAAUUAAUAUCAAAAAUGGGUUUUUAUUUAUGAACAAAUCCUAAUCAGGAAUAUUAACUAAAGCAGAGAUCGAAGAUUUGAUUAAAUAUAAAUACUAAGAUUUGGAAUACUAUUGUAAGAUAUUUAACUUAUUAAAUUAGAAUUUAUAGCUAUUUGUUUAGAGCCAGGCGUAUAUAAAGUUGAAAAAUAUUUGAUAUUAAUGUUUUAAUUUCUCUCAUAAGAUGGUCUAAUAACUACUGAGAGUUUAAAAGCAAUUGAUAUUAAUCUUGAGUGUAAUUUAGAUUUUAAGCUUUUCAUCAAUCUAUUUUGA